AUGCAGAGCGCCUUCACAAUCCGCGUCGGAGAGAAGCAGGCUGAUGGUGUGCGGGAGGUUUCGGUGCUGCACAACGGUGAGGUUCACUUCUCCACCUCGCAUCGCAACGUGAAGUGGGCCUUUUUGACGCGAUUUCCAGCCCCCUCCAAUGAGAAGCGAAGUCUGCCUCCUGUAGGUUGCUUACCGGUGAGUCCGUUCGCCAACAGUGGGUUAGACUUGAAUGCGGGCUUUGCUGGGGGCGAGCACACUGAAGCGGCCAGCUAUGACGGCAAUGAAACUAUGCAAGAGUUCUUGUGUGUAUUACAUCGUGAUGAACCAAAGGAUCGGCACAGCCAUUACACUGCGCAUCAGGCAUCGACUAUAUGCUCCGCGUACAACACUGUGCACCCCGCUGCCAUCACACACUUUGUGCUAAAAAACAUUGCUCCCACGACGGUGGUGCCAGGUUUGCGUGGCGUAUUUGUCCACGGGAGUCAGCAGUCCUCACGGGGAUCCUCAUCCAUGGUGCUGCAAGUGGAAGGGUUUAUGUUUCACCAAGCGGCAGACCUAUGGUGGAUGGCUUCUCAGCUGACAAUUAGACCUGUUUAUGUGAAUUCUGGUGAUUUCGAAUUAAUAAAGCGUCUUGGCCCGAAUCCAACCGUGACGAAGAUAUCACCUUCACCGCAGUUGGAUACUAACAGUGUCACGCCAAGGUACGCGUUGGUGGACGCGAUUAUCCUUGCUCAGUUUCAAACUGACAAGGGGCGGUUAAUGACGGUGGCAGUGCGCGGCGAUGAGAUAUGUCUCGCAACGACGGUGGUAGUAGAACAUUUAGAUGCCUUGCUUUGGAUAUGGUGGCCACAGCGGUUGCAGGUGUCACGGUUACGUGCCAAGGGAGCAGACAUCUCCGUGACAAUUUCUGAGAGCCUGGAUGCUUCUGUGCAGGUAUUAUUCCUUUUUGAUUCACCCCAUACCGUGCUACAUGUCUUACGAACACCGAACCUUUUGACUGGGAUGGGGGAGUUGGAAAUGCUUUUCUCCGUGGAGACAAACUGCCCUCCAGUCGUGCUUCCUUGCUUGCGUUCCUCAAUGAUGCAACCUGUUAUGGUGUGUCAUUACCCGGCGGUCAACGAUGUGACGCUGUACCAUGUUCCUACCCUCUUGGAGCAACCUUCUCCCUCCACCAGCAUAGCCACCAUGUCUCUCGCGCCCACACUGCCAACGAAGGCCAUUGUGAAUGGUGUGUUGUACCAGAUGGGCCCCACAGUCGCUUUUCAGGCCACCUCCCUCGCCUCUAAGAAAGAAACUGGAAAAGGUGAAAACAUUACACAUGACGCGGAACGUAAAUCGUACGUUGUUAGGUUUCCCUCUAUUUUGGAGGAACAACAUCCACUGGUGCAUUUUAUACUAGAAUCACUUGAAUUGGUCCUAGAAACAAGUUGUGUCGCAUCGCUGCAGUGUGAUUUGUUGCGACGCGCAUGGGAAAGUAAACACGUGGGAGAUGUGUGGGACUUUGGAACGGGAUGUAUUGAAUUGAUUAUAGAGGUUGUCCGCACAAGCAUAACAGGGAGAGGUGGAAGAAGCAACAUAAAUGAGGAUGGACGCAAUAACAAUGCGGUUGAGGGAGGCGGUAGUGGAGGUGGGUAUCAAGGCAAGGAGGCGAGAUAUUCUCGCAAAAAUGCUCCAGGGGAUGAAGAAGAAACAACUCUGUGUGAUAUUCUCCUUGAUCCGAUUGGUUUAACCGCCGACGUGUUGCAACAUCGUACGUUAUGCAGCCCAUGUAUCCCGAAAGAGAAAGCCCGUGAAGCCCUCUUCUCUAGUGCGAGUGUAAGUCAGCUUUGGACACAGCAUCAAUGUGGACUAAGUGUGUUUGUUUUGCAUCUUUUGUGUGAGAGCUUCAAGUUGCAGGAACAACUUUGGGUUUUGCUUGAGCCACUUGCGAAGAUGAACCUUCAGCUGAGCCAGUUAAUGCGGUGGACACAAUAUGUCUGGUACUACUCCACCUCUCUCUGCGUGCCUGCGACAACGGAACUUGCACCUCAGGGUCCUGUGGUCUCGCAGUCAUCGCCAUCUCACGAGUUUCAACGUGCGUUGCCUGAACAUAUUCUACUCGAAAGGUUUGUCUUUCACGCUGGUUCAUCCAUGGAGGCCGUUCUCGGCGGGGCCCCGCCAAUGCUGUGCACCAUCCUGCAGCGCGUCCUUGUAGGAAAAGCGCGGGUGUCUGGUGGUUGGCCAGCCAUUAAAGGUGCCCUCCCUGGUUCUCCUCUUUCUCUGGCAAACCGUCUGUUUUGUAUGUUCGUGGACUGCUUUGAUUCACCCGACGGGCAGCAUAACCGUGCAUGCUGCUGGUGGUUUGUUUUAUGCAGAGGUCUUUUAAAGUAUGAUAUUAACCCGAAUUUUGUCGCUUCGGAGCUUUGCGUCGGGGCGGCGCAGCCGAUUCUUCGCGCGUUAGCCAUUGCCAAGGAUAAAGGAGGGGAUGUUUGGGAUAAUGACUUCAAUGCCAUUAUUGGUCGUCUGGAUCGCUUGCAGCAGGCCCCGGCGCGGGCAUGCCAUGCAAAUUCGUCCGGUGAUGUCGUGCGUGCCGCGCAGGAGCGGGCCGUUGGACGGCAAUAUUGUGCCACCCUAAAUGAUGACGAUGGUGUCAUUAUGCGACCCGACUUCCCGCAGCACUGGGGCGACUCCCGCUUGGACAUUGUGCAAACCAUGUUGAACACUGCCGCACCUAUUGUCUUGCCAAGUCAAGUGGAUGGGGCCGAUGUCAUUUAUAACACUUUAAAAAUGCUUUCGAGACGCGCCACCGCCCUUCCUGUGGGGCGUGGCAUGUUUACACUUUGCACGCAGAAUUUUAGGGUGCGCGAUAGUGUGCCAAUUCCACGCCUAAAUCUUGAGGGUCGGACAAGUGACGGAAUUACAAUAGCAAAUAACUCAGAGGAAAUCGCUGCGGACAAUUUAAUAUGGCCUUUGUUUCACAAUGGGUGUGCGGCGGCGCUGCGCUUCCUUCCAUUACCUCAAAGUCAUGGGUGUGCAAAGGAGGAACAGUCCAUUACGCAGCACUGGGUUUUGUACCAAACACGCAAUAUUACGUGUCUAGCAUCUCGCUCUGGAUUAAUUCUUGCUGCAGGACUCUUAGGGCAUUUAAAAGUGCUUCAGCGAACCGAUAUAUACUCACUCCUUGUCUCACCUCAGUCAGCCUUUUCUGGCCGUGAGGCGGUGACCAUUGCCGUGAUGCUGGGUCUUAGUUGUAGUCUACGGGGAACGUGCAAUAGCAUCGUUUUUAAUUGUCUCUCGAUGCACGUGCAAUCCCUCACCCCUGCCACAGAAGAUAUUGAAGUUUCUCUCGACGUUCAAACUGCCGCGUUGGUUUCCAUUGGAAUCCUAUACCAACAAUCCCCGGAUGCCUUUUUGGCGGAGAUGUUGCUCGUUCAGAUGUCUCGCCUUCCCUCGGAUGAGCACUUUCGCGACAGAGAGGGAUAUGCCCUGGGCGCGGGGUUUGGCCUCGGCCUCAUGUUUCUCGGUAUUGGGAGUGCGCAUGGUUUACCAAAUGUUGAGAAUCGCUUAUUACAGUUCAUGAAUGGAGCACGCCGGGAGGCGGUCCCCUCUGCGUGUGAAGGUUUAGAGGUAUUUAACGAACACAACCCUGACAGUGGUCACUUUCUCACCCGCGGGCUACUUAUGCGUAACGCCAAGGAAUCUUUUAGGACUCAUUGUACUCGCGUAUUUGAGGGUGACCGUUUCAACACCGCCGUGUCUAGUCCGGCGGCCGUUAUGGCACUGGGUUUCAUGUACAUGCAGGCAGAUGAUGCCUCCAUGGCGGGAAAAGUGUCCCCUCCGAACCGUUUGGUGGGGCUACAAGGUGUAUGUCCGGAGAUGUGUCUGGUACGCUCAAUGAUGUCUUCUCUUAUCCUCUGGUCGAGCAUUGAACCCACACUUGAAUGGAUUCGACAAAGGGUUCCCUCAUGUUUAUUGCGUCUUGCAAAACAUCCUCAACAAAGUGGUCUUGCCCCCGCUCAAAUUUACUACCUUAUGAUGAAUCUAGGGCAUUGCCUCGCUGGUGUUGUUCUGGCUCUGGGCAUGCGUUACGCGGGCUCCAUGGACGCUGAUGCAAAGGCGGUCGUCCUUCAUGAGUUGAAGGGUUUUAUGCGAGGUAAUAUAGGAACCACAGGGGUGGCGAUUAGUGUGCUUCAGCGUUCUACAGGGGCAUUUCAACCGUGUAUUUCGUCAUGCACAGUGGCGUUGGCCCUUAUUAUGGCUGGGACGGGCGACGCCCGGUGUCUUGAAGUCAUGCAGAAACUUUACACGCGCACGAAUGUGAAAUAUGGCGAUCAUCUUGCACUCUCUAUGGCUAUUGGGUUGCUAUUUCUUGGCGGUGGUCAACUUACGCUCUCACAUUCGCUCAGCUCCGUCGCGGCGCUCGUGAUGUCCUUCUAUCCACUUUGGCCCGACACCACCUCUGAUAACAAACUGCACCUGCAGGCACUUCGCCAACUUUAUUGCCUGGCAGUGGUGCCACGCGUCAUUGAAACAAUCGACGUCCUUACAAACCAAUCGGUGUCAGUGCCUAUUCGAGUUAUUGUGCAUCGUGGGCGGCUUGGUCAGACUGAACCCUCGAGUGUUGUGAAGGAGCUAUGGACUCCGCUGCCAAAGGGAAAGGAAAACCAAGCUGUUCGCAUGGUGACCCCGUGCCUGUUGCCUGACCCAAGUACGAUCACGCAGAUUGAAAUUCGCAGCGCCCAGCACCACAGCCUCACCAUCCACAACACUGGCCUAAAUGUCAUUGGCGAUGCGGGUCUCGUUGUUCGUAUCUUGGAGAAGAAUGUUGUCCCGACGGACUCCGAAGCCCCAUUGCGAAGUCCCGCUGAGGAAAUUGUGGUGCGUUGGAUCAAGCGUCUUUUUCACGCAGAGUUGCAGCAGCGUCCACGUCCCAUAGAAGCCAUCGUUAUUCUCGAUAAUUUUAAUUUGUUAUUUGCGGCGAAGAAGAGUUUCUUAACAGAGUUUGGUCCUUGCGAAAACGUUUUUUCGCCGGAUUUUGUUAUGAGCGUGCGGCGCACACUUGUGAAACGCUACGGAGGUCUCCUGCAGCACUGCGGGGUGAUGUCAGCCUGUCAUCCCCUCGUUCAGGUUAUCAUGAUGAAGAAAUCGCUGUACAGCACAGCCGUAUCACUAGUGCAGACCCUCAAAGAUGGUGCGGAACGCUCCUGUGAUCUUGCUCCUGUUUUGGAGUCCUUGCAGGCGUACGUCACCGGCAGCGGAGCUGCAGCAGAAGAGGGAGAGGCGCGUGGUGGUCUCCUCGUUUCUGCUGUCAUGAAAUGGCUCUCUCAGGCAUUACAUUUCUAUGGCCUUGUGGGUAGCAUGGAGUUGCUGCCGCAAGUAUUGGAAGAACACACGCCAUUUCUGCAGCGGCGAGAGCGGCGCUUGCUUGCGUUGUACGUUAUGAAUCAAAGGCUUCUGCUUGAACCCCAAUUGCUUGAGGACCUCGUCGAAUGCUUUGUGGAGUACGUGGAUUAA